GGGCUGGUUUGGAGAAUUAGAUGUUCAAGCUCACACGUGCCAUCUAACGGCGAUCUCUUUUCAGCGCACAAAAAUUUGCCUCAGCGCGGAAAACGACUCCGGAGGAUAAAAGAGGAAGAAGGGAUGCUCGCGAAAUGGGAGAUGGUCAGUCCGUGCGAUUCAAGAGACCUGAUCCGCUCCUUUCUUGGCCUUCACUUCUCCCUUGCGCCUGCGUCGAGAUCGACAUGGUUACUCCAACCACCUACAACUCGACGUUCAUCGGCAUUGACGUUGGCACCGGCAGUGCCAGAGCAGGUGUCUUUGAUGAAGACGGUAAAUUGCUAGGUUCUGCUAGUAGCCCCAUACAAAUAUGGAAGGAUGGCGACUGUGUCGAGCAAUCUUCAACAGAUAUAUGGCAUGCGUGUUGUGCAGCUGUUAAAGCAGCAUGCAGCUUAGCUAAUGUUGGACCUGAACAAGUAUCUGGUCUUGGAUUUGCAGCUACAUGUUCACUAGUUGCUGUGGAUGCAGAUGGUUCUCCUGUCACAGUUUCUUUAAGUGGUGACUCUAGGAGAAAUGUCAUAGUCUGGAUGGACCACAGAGCUGUAAACCAGGCUGAACGCAUAAAUUCCUUUCGGUCACCUGUACUACAAUACUGUGGCGGCGCGCUUUCCCCUGAAAUGCAGCCUCCUAAGCUUUUGUGGGUAAAAGACAAUCUACGAGAAUCUUGGUCCAUGACAUUUAGGUGGAUGGAUCUGAGUGACUGGCUAGCGUACAGAGCUACAGCAGAUGAUACACGCAGUCUAUGUACAACAAUAUGCAAAUGGACAUAUCUUGGUCAUGCUCACAUGCAGCAAAUGCUGGAGAAGGAUUCUGAAGCUAUGGAAGCAUGUGGCUGGGAUGAUCUCUUUUGGGAAGAAAUUGGUCUUGGAGAUCUUGUGGAUGGGCAUCAUGCUAAAAUAGGACGAAGUGUUGCAUUCCCAGGUCAUCCUUUGGGUGCUGGUCUCACUGAAGCUGCUGCGAAGGAACUGGGCCUUCUGGUGGGGACUCCAGUAGGAGCUUCCUUAAUUGAUGCACAUGCUGGUGGAGUAGGUGUCAUGGAAAGCGUACCUCCUUCAGAUUUACCUGUUCAAGAUGAUGAGGAAGAAAUAUGUCAUCGUCUCGUGUUGGUUUGUGGAACAUCCACCUGCCACAUGGUAGUGGCAAAAGACAAAAUUUUUAUUCCAGGUGUCUGGGGACCUUACUGGUCAGCAAUGAUACCUCAUUACUGGCUGACUGAAGGAGGACAGAGUGCAACUGGAGCUUUGCUGGACCAUGUAGUGGAGAACCAUGUUGCUGCUACUCAUCUGUCUAAUCGAGCUGCUUCUCAACAUGUCUCACUGUAUGAGCUACUAAACAAGAUCCUGGAGUCCACAGCCAACGAGUUGAAAGCUCCUUUUCUUGCUUCUUUGACUAAGGAUCUGCAUGUCCUUCCUGAUUUCCACGGAAAUAGAUCCCCUAUAGCAGAUCCGAAGUCAAAAGGAAUGUUAUGUGGAUUGACACUGGAUACAAGUGAGAGACAGUUGGCACUUUUGUACCUUGCAACAUUGCAAGGUAUUGCUUAUGGCACACGUCAUAUCGUGGAGCAUUGCAAUGCUCAUGGUCACAAGAUUGAUACACUUCUAGCAUGUGGGGGACUUUCAAAGAACGGAUUACUUCUUCAAGAGCAUGCUGAUGUUAUUGGAUGCCCUAUAGUUCUUCCAAGGGAAGGUGAAUCUGUGCUUCUAGGUGCAGCCAUUCUUGGAGCUGUUGCUGCAAAGAAGUAUCCGAGCCUUCGUCAUGCAAUGAAAGCAAUGAAUGCUCCUGGCCAGGUGAUUCAUCCUUCUAAAGAUCCAAAAGUUAAAAAAUACCAUGAUGCAAAGUACUGCAUUUUCCAUGAACUCUAUGAACAACAGGUUUCUCAUCGGUCAAUCAUGGCUGAAGCUUUGUCCUAAUUCGGUGCACAAAGUUUCAUAGAAAAUCUGGAACAAAAAUGCUUGGAGGUUUAGAGAUGAUUUUUUGAGAUUGAAAAGGUGAACUUUGUUUUUUUUUUUUAGUUUUAUUUAAAGAAGUUUACAUGUACCUUUGCCCUUUGCUUUUGAAAAUGGCACUGAGCUGCUAGUUUAUCUUGCUUUGAGCUACUACAAAUGUUAGCCUUGUUAAAAAAGACGUGGAAAAUGUGAUAUGUAAGCCUACUAGUGUUGCCAAAUGUCAGACAAUGCAGGUACCUUCGAAGUC